GAUAUCUAUAUACACUUCUCCUCUUUCCUGAUAAUGAUAAUAGAAUUUCACUUUCAUUCAUCUCAAUUCUCUUUCUCUCUCUUUCAUCAACAACAAUAUGGCUGAUCAUAGUUCCAUCUCCAAUGGCGGCCAAUCAUGGUUUUGCACCACUGGCUUGCCGAGUGACAUCGUAAUUGAAAUCGACUCCAUGACUUUCCAUCUCCACAAGUUUCCACUUAUGUCCAGAAGCAGAACGAUUCACGACCUGAUAACGAAGCACGAAGAGGAAGAACAAGAUGAAGAAGAAGAUUGUUACAUUUCCUUUCCGGAAUUCCCAGGCGGAGCUGAGGUGUUUGAAUUAGCGGUUAAGUUUUGCUAUGGUAUGAAGAUCGAGUUAUCUUCUUCAAACGUCGGUCCCCUACGAUGUGCAGGAGAGAUUCUCGGAAUGACUGAUGAAUAUUCUGACGGAAAUUUGAUCUCCAAAACCGAGUUGUUCAUAUCUCAGAUGUUGAUGAACAGCAUUAAGGAUUCCAUCAGAGCAUUGCAAUCCUGCCAAACUUUAACUCCUCUGUCUGAAACACUCGGCAUUAUUCAGAAAUUCAUCGAUUCGAUAGCCGAUAAAGCUUCGCCUCAUGAAGAUUCAUCUCAACUCGAACGGAAAAUCCUUAGUAGACGAAAAUCAGAAGAGGAAUGGAUUAACGAUCUAGCAAAUCUGACACUGCCAAUUUUCAAUCGGUUAAUAUUCGCUAUGAAAACACGAGAUCUGAAAACUGAUGUAAUCGAGAAUUGCGUGAUCCAUUACGCGAGAUUGAAUAUUCCAGGAAUCACUCGAGGAAAUCGGAAAUCGCUGUCGUCUUCACCAACAAUAUCUCAAAGCGAACAGAGAGAGAUUCUGGAAAGUGUAAUCGCUAAUCUUCCAAUUGAAAACACCAUCAAAUCGUCAACGACAACUAGAAUUCUAUUUGGAUUAUUGAGAGCGGCGAUCAUUCUCAACUCGUCGGAAACUUGUAGAGUGACUAUUGAAAGGAAGAUCGGAUCGCAACUUGAACAAGCUUCUCUUGAUGAUUUACUAAUCCCGAGUUAUUCGUAUCUAAAUGAAACGUUAUACGAUGUUUACUGUGUUGAGAGGAUUUUGGGAUGCUUUUUGGAUGAAUUAAUGGAGGAAAGACAGACGGAGGCGGUGGCUAAUGUGAUGCUCGUCGGAAAAUUGUUGGACGGUUACUUAUCGGAAAUUGCUUCCGAUGCAAAUUUGAAGCCGGAGAAAUUCUAUCAACUGGCCGUUUCUUUGCCAGAACAAGCUAGGGUUUUUGACGAUGGUCUUUACAGAGCCAUAGACGUCUAUUUCAAGGCACAUCCAUGGCUGUCAGAGGCAGAGAGAGAGAAGAUAUGUGAAGUAAUGGACUGUGAGAAACUAACUCUAGAAGCGUGCAAUCAUGCAGCUCAGAAUGAGCGACUUCCUGUUCGAGUAAUAGUUCAGGUUCUCUUCUUCGAGCAGUUGCAGCUCCGACAAGUGAUCUCGGUCGGGACCCCUGAUGGGUCCGGCGGUGGCGGUGGUGUAGGUAGGAGGUGGAGGUCGCCGGCGAUUGUACAGGAGAAUCAGGUAGACAUGAAUAGCAUGAGGACUCGUGUUCAUGAGUUAGAGAGAGAGUGUUCAACGAUGAAGAAGGUGAUUCAGAAUAUGGGGCCAUCUAAUAAUAAUAAUAAUAAUAAUAAUACAAGUGGAGGAGGAGGAGGGAAACAGGGAUUGCUUGCGAAGAAGUUUGGGUGUAAGUUCAAACCUCAAGUAUGUGAUUCUCAUCUUUCGAUUGUUGGAGCUCAUAGACCUAGAAAUCACCAGCAGCCCCAUCAUCAUCAUCACCCAUAGUUUGAAUAUAGAUAAUCUUGGAAAUCUGUAUUUAUUUUCUUCUCCAUUGUAUUAAUUAAUAACAUUUCAUUUCAAUAAUUAAUCCUUUCUAUUUCA